GAAUGCGUCAACGGCACGAGGUUUCGACUCCUGUUGUGUGCCAAGAAACUACCACCAACCCGCCGGGCACCAGUGAAUUAACAGAGGAAAGGUUUUUUAUAUUCAUUUCACUUCGUAAUCUAUGCCACACUGUAAGCCAUAGCGACCAAAGAUGAUUGGAUCUGUCGAUAGCAGAAGUCGAAAAACAAGGAGGGGGCUGUAUUACGUGAGUAGCCAGGAAGUUUAAACCUGUCUUAGCACAAACAGAAGUCUGGAGAGUGAUACAAUGAGGAAUCCAGACAUUUCUCACCAGCGACAUUGGGACAUGCCACUGAUGUACUAUUCUUGGCCGAGGUAUCUCUGAUCUGAUGCCAAGGCUGAGCAUGAAACUGCCUGAGGCGAAGAGGUCAACGCACGAACAUCCGUUGGAGAGGUGGAAUCGUCCAUGGGUCAGGCAGCUGGCUAGCUAUUAUGGGUUGUUGAUAUGCACCACCGCCUUUGAGGUCAUUUUGAAGUCCAAACUCUCCAACAUUACAAGUUUUAUAGAGGACGACUCAUCCGUUAAUUGUUUGUCACGUUACAUCGAUCCUCAGUCUGAUGAGCCAUGAAAUUCCUGGUUCUUCUGAGUGCAUUUUUCGUCAUAACACACUGUGACCCGCUAGCACCUUUGUAUUAUGACGAGGAGCCUAUUCCAAACCGGUACAUUGUCAAGAUCAAGGAUAUUCGUGCUCGGGACUUUCUGAAAGGCCAGUUCCAAGACCAACUGACGCGUUCUGGAUUUCCGAAUGCCAUCAAAAAAACUUCCCACACAUUUGGUAUGGUUGUGCUUGAAAUUCCAGAUGAUCAGAUAAAUUUGGUUCGUUCAAUGGAUGGCAUCGAAUACAUUGAACAAGAUGGACUCGUUUAUGAGGAUACCGUGGGAUCGUGGGGACUUGAUCGGAUAGAUCAAGACGAUCUUCCCCUUGAUGGAAGCUUUGCCCCUCAAGGUGAUGGUACUGGGGUUCACGUGUACGUCAUUGACGGGGGAAUCCACUACACCCACGACGAAUUUGAAGGCCGCGCCCACUUCGCUUACGACAUCUACGACGAUGGCAGAGCAGGGUUGGAUUGCACGGGACACGGUACGCAUUGUGCAGGGACAGUGGGCGGGAAGACAUACGGAGUAGCAAGGAACGUCACACUGUGGUCCGUACGAGUCCUCGGAUGCAGUGGAUCAGGGUCCAAGUCUGGCGUUAUGGAAGGGAUGGACUGGGUGGCAGAGAAUGCAAAGGCUCCAGCAGUAGUCUCCAUGUCAGUCGGUGGUUCUGCGUCUGUCGCUCAAAAUAACGUGGUCUCUAAGAUGCACAAUGCUGGGGUAACUGUCGUUGUGUCGGCGGGCAAUAAUGAUUAUUCAGCCUGCCGGAAAUCACCAGCAAGUGCCAAAAAGGCUAUAACUGUCGGCUCCGUAACGAAGACAGAUGCACGAUCGUACUUCUCCAACUACGGUACUUGUGUAGACAUUUUCGCUCCGGGCAGUUCGAUCCUCAGUGCUGGUAUUAGGACAGACAGAGAUACUACCUACAAGAGUGGCACGUCAAUGGCCACCCCUCAUGUCGCGGGUGCUGCCGCCUUGGAGCUGGGUAGGAAUCCUUCUCUAACCCCAGGUGGGGUCAAAGAUAUCCUCGUCAAGAAGGCUUUGAGGGACAGAGUUGCCAAUCCGGGUCCAGAAUCGCCUAACCUAUACCUGAAAAUAUAAAGACAAUUUCUGUUUUCCCUUGCUUAAACAAUUUUUUAUGGUCUUUCUGAAUGAGGUUUUGGAAGAAAAGGUAAUAAAAGCUUCCUCUCAUUUAUAGAUAAUCGUUUUCCCUUUUUGGGUGGCUAACAAUGGCCCUCUUACAGCCCUACGGCCUUGGAUCCGCCAAUGCUACAACUGAAGCAACAAGCUCAGCCCAUAUCGAGUAGCCAUUAAAGAAGGUCCCAAUUUGUCGGUCCCCAUCAGAGAUAAGUAUCCUGGAAAAACUGGGUUUGGAUCCGCCCGGCCCUUGAACUGUAGGAUCAUAACUUAAUGGAAGUUCCCCGAAUGUUAUUAAUAUAUGCGUAUUUACCGAUGUUAUCUGGGACUUUUACAGCAACCUAGCAAGUGAGCGUUUCCAAAUCAUGUGGAAAAACAAAUAAAGCAGAGUAAUAUUGCAAGAUUUUACUUUUACAAAAUAUAGCUUAAUGGGAAAUCAAACUCAAUUUAACAGAAAUGAAUAGAAUAGGCCCACGCUGGUGACGAGCCAGGCUCUUUGAACAUGUACAUGUACGCGAGUUGAGGCUGCUCAGGUCAUCUGUUCGCUUUACAUGAAACGGUUAAGAAAAAAUAAAACAAAAUUUUAGACAGACUGUU